GAUGCUUCCACUAUCCUUGCUGAAAACUGCACAGAACCACCCAAUGCUAGUGGAACUAAAAAAUGGUGAAACUUACAAUGGUCACUUGGUGAGCUGUGACAACUGGAUGAACAUCAAUCUUCGAGAAGUCAUCUGUACAUCAAGGGAUGGAGACAAGUUCUGGAGGAUGCCUGAAUGUUACAUCCGCGGCAGCACCAUCAAAUACUUGCGCAUUCCUGAUGAGAUCAUUGAUAUGGUGAAAGAAGAGGUGGUAUCAAAAGGCAGGGGCCGUGGUGGGAUGCAGCAGCAGAAGCAGCAGAAGGGUCGUGGUAUUGGUGGCACUGGGCGGGGAGUAUUUGGAGGUCGUGGUCGAGGAGGAAUCCCAGGGAGUGGUCGAGGACAGCAAGAGAAGAAGCCGGGGAGACAAGCAGUGAGAAGCUGAACUGUUGCUGGGGAGUGCUCUGGGCCCAGAUGCUUUGUUGUUGGGACACACUGGUCUGCUGUCUCUUCUUACUCCACAAAACAAACUUGUACUUUUUUUUUAAAUAUGAAUAAUUGGGAUGUUAGAUAUGAAUCCUAGAGGUGUUUUACCACUCAAACAUGCAGUUUAGCUUCUGUUUGAACAGGCACUGAUGGGGAGUGCUCAACUGACUCCCCUGUUCUUGGAAUUACUAUGGUAAAUGAAUAGCUUAGCCAGGUUCACAUUUUUGAAAAUGGAGAUUUUUGUGUGAGCAAUUUAAUUCUAAUUGAUAAACUAUGAAAUGCAUUUAAACAAGCAAAAAAAAAUUGAUUGUGUUGUGCAGAAGAUUUGCAAUCCCUGGUUUCUUAGCAGCCAAAAUUCCCAGAAUUUAGUAGCUGGGAAGUGAAUGUUGGUUUUUCCUCAUGGCUGAGGAGAAGAAUUAAAGCAAUGAAACAUCUUACCUCGACAUCUUUUUUAUUUUCUAGCAAAAUCAUUUUUUAAAGGAUUGGACUACUUUGAAGAGGGAAAUAUCUCUAUAACAACUUCAGCUCUCAAAAGUUUACUUUUUUGCCCAGUUUCAGAAAUAAUGCCUUCAGUGACUUACAGAGACUAUUUUCAGUGCAGAAUUUCUGUUUUAAACAACUGAAAUGUGGCCUCCCUCAUCCACUUGGAGUAGCUUUUCUACAGCCCCCAAAGAGGGGGCCUGCAAACCAUGGGGAGUCUCAAAUGAAGGCAGGAUUUAGAAAAAAACUGUACUUUAAAGGUCUGGGGCCAGAUGUUGGGCUCCAUCUGUUCUGCCCAACUUUGCCAGUGAUCCAGACAGGAGUUGAAAUUCAACAUCCAGAGGUUCAUAAAUUCCACACGUGCUUCAAAGUGUCCUAAAUGGAAUUAGGUGCUUCAGCUGUAGAGGUUAAAAAUUGGGUUACAGGUGACCCUUUUGAAAAUACGAUUUUAGAAGCAACACUUAACCCUACCCAUUAGUCAAUACCGAACAAACCAGCUACAAUAUUUUGGGUAAAAACAUUUUUACAUAUUUUUGACCCACCAUGUUACAGGUAGAAUAAAGUUUGAUCUGUUACUCUGCGUGUAUUAGAAGAGGUGGGUGGUGAAUAUUAAUAAGGGGCACUGGAAAACUCUUCUCCAGAGAUAGUAAUCACACUCAAGAAUAGGCAACCUCCCCUUUUCUGGCAUGUGCCAGCUUUCUUCUCUUGCAUGUAGCAUCUUUUUCUCUUGCACAGGCCUUGUUUUGCUUUCUACCUUUGAAACUCAAGUGAAUACUGUCUUGUUUUUGAGGCCCUCUUUUUGUUUAGUAGGAAAGUAGACUGCCCCUUUUCUUACAGAUGGGAAAGACAGGGUUCAUGUCAUCUGGGAGUCUAUUUGCUAUGAAAGUUAAUAUGUGAUUUUUUUGUUCAGGGCAAAUACAAGUAGUCAUUCCAGAAAGCUUCAUUCUUCUCCAUCCUGAAUCUGGUGUUACCACUUGUUACUGUCCUCUUAAUCAGGAAUGCAUUGUUUCUGUGUGUAAGGCAAUGGGGCUGCAGGCAGACCACAGUCUCUCUCCUGUAAGCAGACUGCACAGGGUAUGACCAUCAAGGAAAACCUCCUCUUAUCCUUCUCUGUUGCUCUUUCCAUGACUCUUGUGAACAGACAGUUGGCCUUUGUUUUGGGGGCAGGUGCUUCCCCUGAGCGCCAAAGAGCACUUUCUUCAGACUUGCUUUUGCAGCAUUGCAUUGGCUCAGCUGUGUGGUGACUCACUCACUCCUCCCCAGGUCUGAGUCUAGAAUAGCUGCACACGAGGAGAAGCUGUACAAAUAGUUUGAAGCCUGCGUUAAGGAGCUAAAAAUAAUCAUGUCUCGAUCCUUCCCUCCCUCUUUUAUUUUUAUUAAUGUUGUUCUUCCUUUCCUGAUGCAUUGUGGUCAGCCACCACAGCCUAAAAGCCUUCAGGCUGUGCUCCAAGGAAACUGCCAGAGUUUGAAAGAGAGUAUAUGUAGAACAGCACACCCUGGAAUACAGCAGAAGAGAUGGCUCUGCCAUUGCUCUUGACACCUGCUCAGCCUGGACAGAGCUUUGCCGGUCUUGAUAAGAUGCCCGCAAAAGCAGCAGGUGGAAGCUGCUGUACACAGAGGCCACCCACCUGGAUCAAGGAACAGAUGUUCUCCAGGCCAUCUUCACCUGGGAAGAAGCCUUGCUUGGCCACUUCAAGCAUCUUCUGUUUGUCACUCGUCAAACCAGAUGCAUCUAUUAAGUUCCUGAAAAAUACUUUUAGGAACUUCCUUUGGUGAAACUCCAGCAACUGGUGUUCAGAUGCAAAGUGCCUUUAGCCAUGGAGGCUUUAUUUAAUUAAGAUAAAUGUCGAGUAGAGCUGGAUUUUUUUCCUAGCACCCUCUAUUUUCCAAAUCCUGUUUACAGCAGUGAGUACAGAGCCAAAAUCAUAUAUUUCCUUCAGUAUUCAGCAGAGUAGUCUCCAUUUUCUCCUGCAGUCCUUGAAGCCAGAGGAGACAAAUUAAGAAUACUUGAAGGAACACAAGCAAAAGGAUUUGUCCUAAAAAGGGAACCAGUGGUAAAAUGCUGGUUCUUGCUGGCAUUUUAUCAGAGCCACACUUGAAAAUAACCGAAUUAAAGCAUAAAUUGAGCUGUCCUUGUUUUGUGAGUAAGUUUUUUUAGUUUUACUGAAUCAUCCAAGUAGGUUGAACAAUAGGGGACAGCAUGUCUGGACUGGUGUGAAGCCAACAAUUCUUGCCAGUUUGUAAUUGUGAUGGGGAGAGCAGAGCUCUAACAACUCAAUUAAAAAAAAAAAAAGUUUUUACAUCAGGAAAAGGUUGAAGAACUAGUCAAGUAUGCAUUUCUGUCUUGCCAAUCCAAAAACUCGAUUUAAUUGCCCCAGAAGGAUUUAUUGAGAACCCCCAGCCCAGUCAGAUAGCUGAGUGACUGAGCACAAGUAACAGAGGUCGAGCUCCUGAUGAACCCCUCCAAACAUCUAUUUCCUGAACAGCCCUCCCAUGUCAGUUCAUCAUGCUGUGCUCUCCUUAAACCUUGAAUGUGUGCAUCUUAAAAAAAAAAAGAAAAGAAAAAAAAUUGGUGGCAUCUCUGCAAAUCAAAGGGAUGACUAAGAGCACACCCAGCUCUUUUCUACCCAGUUCUAAGUAUAGUGCAGUAGUUGGCAAAAUGUCAGCUAAAUACAAGGCUGCAAUGACUUUUAGGGCUGGUACUGAACUGGAGGGAGUAUCAGGUCUGAAAGGCAAUGAUAUAAAUGAAAUGGCAUCCCCCUGUGUUUUGGGGGGAAAAAGGUUAUGUGCAUAGGUUUGCCUUUGGAGUUCACACAGUAGUGGUGUCUUUAAUGGCCAUUGUAUUGACCAGCAUAUUAGUGCAACGAUGUAUGGGGAAUACAGUAGAAGUUUUAUUUAAAACUAAACUGCUCUAGAAAGUUUUGAAGGUUGGGGUGAAAAUCUCUUAAAUAAAAGAGAAAGGGGAAAACAUGAAUUUCUGAACUGUUGUUUUUCUUUGCAACUAUUUGCCUCCCCACCCCAAAAUUUAAACGCAGCAUUUUUAAAAUGGCCCUUUUAGUUCUAAAGUGCAGUGGGUGUGGCCCUGAUGUAUGCUGUCAUGUGCUGUUUAAAGGUCUUUGGGAGAAGCCGUGCAAAUAUUUAACCCAUUACCAAGUUUCUAGCUCUCAUGUUUUCUGACCCAGAGUAUUUGUCUGCAAGAGCUGAUUACCCAGUUCAUCUGCUUUUUUUUUUUCCUUACCAUUAAAUCAAUUUAGUAUCAGACUUUAAAAUGUUGCAUAUUUUAUUUGUGUUAUCAAAUUCAUGAGAAGCAACCUAACACCCAUAAAAUACAGUAAGGUCUUGAGGAAAGCACAGGAUUUUGCUCUGAUAACCCAACAGGAAACUCUUUAAGAAAAAAUACAUGAUAAUGAUUGUGAAUUGGAAAUACUUGCUUUGGGUAACUUUUUGAAACUUUUAAAAAUAAAAAUGUUCAUAAUUGG